AUGGCCUUUCAAAUGAGAGAGCCUGUUGUAUGCGCAGUCUACCCGACGUGUGUGCUUAUCUGCUGGGACCCCCCACGCCUUGCAAAUUCACCAACGGAAGUUGACCACACACUCUUUUGGACAUACGAGGUGGAGUGGACAACAAGUCACAGCCCAAGCAAAGAACGUUUUUCAGGAACAACGAAAUAUUGUCACGCUGUCAUUGAAGUAUUUUAUCCCAACGAAGUGAUCAAUCUCCGCAUUUUUGCCCAUGCCAGUAUUUCGGGGGAUGUGGUUGCGUGCGGUUCGACAAGCUGUACGAUUGACGCUGCGGAGACAAUUGCAAUGCCGUGGCUGCACAAACAAUCUAUGGAAUGCCGCUGCAUAUUUGACGGCCUUCUUUUUUCCACGAAUGGUGUGCAGUGCAUCGAGGCGAUCCCUGAUGGAUCAGAUCACAUGAGGGCGACUAUAUCGUCCGUGUGUAUGCUUGAAUCUAGUUUUGCUUGUAUUAUUGUGAGGGCUAUUUACAACGACCCACCCCUACCGAUUACCUCUUCAACUGUGUACUACUUUGUUGUGUGUUCCAAGAUUCUUGUGAAGCAGCGGGAGAGAAUGCGCCAUUCCGGGGUUGUGGAGUUCUUGGAAAAGGAGGAGGCAUGUGCGGUCUUCUGUGGUAUUGGUGAAAUGGGGUCAUCGGCUGCGUUGGCAGCGCAUUUAUUUAUAGCAUCGGUUCCGGAAUCCAUUACCGGGCUGAGAGCGCGCGUCUUUUGUAUUGCGUAUGGGUCUCCUAGGCGUAUGUUUUUUGAGGAUUCCCUCGUUCUCGCCUCCACCUUGGCGUUUAGCGGCAACUUCUUGUACUACACGGGUCUUUUGGAUGCCCCUGACCCUUCCAGUGGCUACAAAACUACCCCGCCUGCAACACAGGAGGGGAAGGGGAAGGCAACCAGUGACACAGCGCUGCUGCUCAACACACCACUCGGUGUGCGCUGUGGACUUCUUUUAGAUGUUCAAGAAGGCCGUCACUACUUGCGCACGCGCUGCUCUGGCGUGGAGACGCUUUGCGAGGAAGAGUGCCACGAAAGUCUUGAUGUCUCCGAACAACUCCGUGUGUUGAGUCGUUUGCUUCUCACACGGGGGGAUACAUUGCUGUUGCCUGUGAUUGAGGCUAUGGAGCACACGGUGGAGGACGGCGUUAUGGUGUGUCUCCGCAUCGCCGGUGCCAAUUUGCAAUAUCGGCCGCAGAUCUGUGUCUCGUCGCACGGUGGGUGGCCGACAGCGAUAUCUGUGACAAAUAUGGCUCCACGGCGCAUAGAUGCCACAUUCUCAUUGCUGGAAAUGGUCAGCAUGGAGUCUGCUACGCGACGGAAGCCUCUGCAGCGUCUGCAAGUGGACUUUGCGCUUCUCACGGAUAUGGGGUACACCUCCCACACGAAUUACACCAUUGAUGUUCCUGAGGAUGUUGCUGAGUUGCUAUUUCUUGAAAAUCGAAACAAAUUACCUUAUGCGUGGAUAUUUUCAAAGCCAAUAAAUCUUAUUGAUAGCGCGAUCGUUAUUGAGCCGUUUUUUACAACCUCAGUGGCGAAGGAGCCACGCAGAUUUGAACCUGGGCGACAAUUCUCCACGGAGUUGAUUGAGGCUCUUGCCAGGAUUAGUGAGAUUGCGCAUCACUUUGCUACAAAGAAGCAGAGUGUGAAUUUGUUGAGUUUUGUGGCCAAUGUGGCAGCCAAAGUGUCUAACUCCGGCGUGUCCUCGCAAGCAAUGAAUCCUAUUCCCAUAGAGGCUCCUUCUGCGAGGGAAGGGGUAUUUGGGAAAAUACUUGGAGAAUAUGUCAACAACAAAAAGCGGGCGGUAUCGAGUUUGCUCUCAAACCUUGCAACGUGGAAGCAGAAGCUUCAACAAGGGCUUCCUUGGCUGAAUGACACAAAGUACAGGGAGAAGUUAUGCUCUCUUUUGGGUGUGUUUGGAAAGACAGCCCCUGCGUCCGAUGUCUCCCUCAUUUCAUUGGAGAUGUCACUGUUUACACAUGUCCUUCGGUACCUUCGAAAUACAUGUGGCGUGUCAAAUUUACAACACCUCAGAAGCCUUCAUCAAUGUAUGGAGUUUGAAAAAUUUUAUCAGCUCGUCCAUCCCCUGUUUAGUGUCUCUACUCCAACGUUGGAGAAUGCGGCUAUUUUGAUUAUUUUGGAGUCUGCCGCACUCUGGGCGGUCUGUCUUGUUUUUCAUCUUCGCUGCUCCUAUCUUUUUACGCAUUUGAUUGCCGUGACGGGGUGUGCUGGCUCCGGCUGCAAAACGAUGUGCAAUGCCAUCACACGCCUGGGAUUGGAACGGGACUACCGUCUCCGAGGAAGCCAGCGUGUGAGAAAUGUUUUGAUUCGUCGUGCGGCAGAAUAUGAACUGGAUGACUUGAAGGAGACUCUUCUACUUGGAUUUGGCGUCACGGUUAUUGUGGUUGGCGAGUUUGCAGACAUAAAAGGCAUGGGAUACAAAGCGAUAUGGAGCUCCAUCCGCCGCUCACUGCGCAGUGCCGACCGUCAGCGGAUUUACACUUUUUUGUCAAAGGCGGAUGAACUUGUGGGAUUGUGCGGCAGCAAUGUGGCGGGUGGGGAUGUCGAUCCGGUAAAAGUACUGCGCGACACUGCGGUGACGUCGGUUCGUGCAGGAUCAGCAGUGGGUGAUGUGCCACAGCACCUUGUUGCAGUUUCUUUUGCGCCAUCCGUUGCGUUUCUUAAAACGUCGGUGUUUGUUCUGCAAAGUGGAAUGUCUGCCGAGGACUUUGCGGAAAGGCUCUUGACGGCUUCAUUGGGUGAAGUUCAGAGAAUUCUCUCGCGUGUUCGAAAGAGUGGCUACCGUUGA